AUGGCUCAAACUAUCUCAACCUCAAAAAAGGAAUUGGAGGCUAUUUUUGAUGCUAAAUUUAAUUCAAUCAGCAACACAGUUGUUGAGAUGAAUGACUUGAUGAAAUUUUUUAAUACAAGCUUUGAAGAAGUAAAGAUUAAAGUCAGUAACCUCGAGAAUAAAAUCGAUGAGGUCACCAAAGAAAACGAUUUCCUAAAGCAAGAAUCAUUAAAGCUUUCAAAGGAGAAUGCAAAGCUAGUGAAUGUGACAAACAUUUUAUCGAAAGAGAUAAAUGAUAUUCAGCAAUAUCAGCAACGAGACUGUUGUGAAAUAACAGGUCUGCUGGUUUUACCUGGGGAAAAUACUAACGAAUUAGUUAAAAAAGUCGGUUCACUGAUGGAUUUGGAAUUAACUGAUGAGGACAUAUCAGUGUCUCAUCGAUUGCCAAAAAAUGAGGCUUCUUAUAGUUCACGGUUGAGUGAUGGCAGUCGGAAAAAGCUUGCAGGGAAAACUACUAAAGCAUUAAUCUUGGCAGAAUAUUGA